AUGUGUGGAAGAAGGCGAGGCAAGAUGAGUGAUUAUAAGACGAAAGGAAAAAAGACACAGUCCAAUUACAAAGCUUUAGGUAUGGCUCCAAUGGAAGAAGAAGAGUAUUUUAGCGAUCCAGUGAAAGACAAACUCUUGGCAUUCAAAGCUAAUAGGGCGAAGAUAAGAUAUGCUAAUACAUACAGACUGGAGUCACGCAAUCGAUUUUAGGAUUACUUAGUAAGAGACAAAGCUCAAGCGAUACUAAUGAAUAAACUUCAACAAGCCAAAUACGAUGGAGUUUCUAGUCCCUCCUUGUGUACUUCAGUCUCAGAAGAAAUAUUAAAGGCUGUGAAGGAAUUGGACUUUGACCAUUAUAAGUACGUUGUAUCAGUGCUAAUUGUGGAAAAGGCAGGUCAGGCAAUGAAUGUUGACAGCAGAUGGGUCUGGGAUGUCCAGAGAGACACUUGGGUUUCAGCUAAAUGUGAAACUGAAACAUUUAUUGCACUGGCUUUGGUAAUGGCUUGUUAUUAG